AUGGCGGACCAUGCCUACGGCUCCCGGGAGAACCUUCGUCGACGCUCCGCCGCUCAAGGCAGCAUCGACUCGGCCCCUCCCUCCGCCGCUGGUUACUAUCAGCCCGGUCAACCUAUCGGUUUUGUUCGUGCUCGCGGCACUCCUUACGAGAAAAAGUACUUUUCCAGGAAGCUCGGCUACUGCUGUCUCUUUGUCGCCCCUGUCGUCCUUCUCGUCACUCUCGCCAUCACCUUGCUUCCUGUUCUCUACGCCGUUGCCAACCAUGCUCUACACACCUCCGUAUUGCACGUCUACGAGUCCAACAUCACCGCUCCCACAAACACUUCCUUCCCGCUCACCCUCGAAGGUCAAGUCAAGAAGGUCGGCAUUUUCCCUGCCCACAUCUUCUUCCGUGAGCCUGUUCAAGUCUACUGGGUUUUGCCUCCCAACCCUGGUCAGGUCGCCUCUCCUGAAACUUUGACUGAGGUCAACAUCGGUCAAUUCAAUCUCGCCUACAUUGGUGCCGCUGCCGGUCAUGGUCGCAUCAAGCAGGCCACCAACUUUGAGAUCAAGGAUGUCGCAGGUUUCGGCGAGUUUGCCAAAUUCCUCAUCUCGCAACCUGAGUUCACAUGGAAGCUCAACUGCUCCAAUGUCCAUGUCGAGGCCUUCUCCUUCUUGCCAACUUACAAGAAUCUCGUCUUCAACAAGCACAUCAUCAUCAAGGGUUUCAACAACUUUGAGGAUGUCCAGAUCUUGGACUUCCAGCUUCCCGGCGAUGACCCCGACGGUGGUGUUACACUCUCCGUUACUACCUCGCUCAUCAACCCCUCGCCUUUCGGUGUUCAGCUCGGCACCCUUGACCUCGCCCUCUACUACGAGGGCAUGUUCCUCGGCCCUGCUAGCACCGAUAACCUCAACGUCACCACGGGACGCAACGUCAUCACCCUCAAUGGCCGACUCGUUCCUCACAACGACAAUUCCACUGAACUCGACUUGCUCGGAAAGCUCUUCACCGCCUACAUCAACGGUGAGACUCUCCCCACCCAGGCUCGCGGCGUCUCGGUUCGUCAGGCCGAUGGUCAGAACAUUGGAUGGCUCAGCACCGGUAUCACCGCCCUCGAGCUCGCUGUACCGCUCAAGGCUCCUCAGCCCAUCAACCCCAUCAAGAGCAUCAGCAUUGGCUCCCUCGCUUUGGUCUACACUCCCGAGACUGCAUACGACCCCACUGCCUUCUCGAGCGCUCUUUCCGCUGUCAUUGGUCUUCCCUUUGGUUUCUCGCUCUCCAUCGUCAGCACUGCCAACACCUUCACCAUCUUCUUCGAAGGCGCUCAGGUAGCCACCAUCAACUCGGCCUACUCCAACUCCACUACAGAGCUCUCGCUCAUCAGUGCUGGUCAGACUGCAGGUACUCUUGACUUGACCCUCCCCCCUUCCACCUUGACGCUUGCCAACGACACUCAAGCCGCCCGCACCGAGCUCGAGAACUUCCAGACCUACCUCACCCUCAGCAACGGUACUGCUAUCCGUCUUCAGGGUGCUGCCAAGGCCAUCACCGACACCCCUCUCGGUCGUGUCUUGCUCGAUGGUAUCGCCUUUGAUGUCGACAGUGGUCUUUUGGGUGUCCAGGGUCUCAAUGCCUACCCCACCAUCAUCACCAGCGUCGAUGUCACUGGCGGUACUCGCGAUGGUAUUCUUCUUUUGGUCGGAACCACGCUCGUUAACCCUUCCAACUUGAACCUUACUAUCGGCGACAGCUCUUUCCAGCUGGUCAACCGCGAUGUGGUCGGUACCGUCACCAUUCCUGCUCUCAACCUCAUGAUCGGCAGGAACGACGUAAACGCUACCUCGGUCUUCAACCCUAAUGCAAGCCCUUACGGUCUCGAGACCCUCAACCGCUUCAUUUCCGGUCAGGACACCGAACUUGGCAUCAAUGGUUUCCAAGGAUCCACCGCAGUCGCGUCGCUGCUCCCGGCCCUCUCGCAGAUUCGCAUCAACUCGACGCUUCCUGGUCUCAAAACGACGCUUGUGCGCACUGCCAACUUGACCGUCUUGGACAGCACGGGUGUCACCAACAACUUGGCCGACGCCACCGUCUUCCUUGCCAACCCCUUCAGCUCACCGUUGACCAUUACGCACAUUCGAUCCAACGUUACUUCGCACGGCAUCUUUGUGGCUAACAUCGACACUCCGCUCAACUUCAACGCUCAGGGUCGCGCUGUCACUCAGUCGCCUCCCAUCUCGCUAGGCCUCAACCUCUACCCUCCCGACAUCUUUUCGCUCGUGCGUGCGCUUGCCAUCCAGAGCGGCCAGAACCCUGCUUACAUUGACGGCAUUGUUCAGCUUGGUGGAUACACCUUGUCCCCCACCACAUCGGCCAACACGCGUCGUUCGCUGCAGUCGGACGUCGCCCACGCCGAUGCCACCUACGACUUGGAGGAGGAGAACGAGCUGGCUAGCGCCAUGAUGGGCGGCGUCAAUAACGUCGAGACCCUCGCUGACGUUGCUGACUGGGCCAAGCGCGACGAGCCUCAGGCUCUCGAAGAAGCUGGCAUACUCAAGAAGCGAGCCAACCUCUACACCGGCUUCGACUUGCCCAGCUACAUUGACCGUGCCUUCGCAUCGGCCACAACAAACCUCGAGAUUGUCACCGAUGUCAACAUUGGCGACUACUCGACCACGCUCGCCUUUGCUCAGCAGAACGUGCCGCUCGGUACCGAUGUAACGCUCAACAAACUCCUCCCCGUUCUCGCCGGCCCCAUUGUGCAGAAGAUUGUGGACAAUGCCAUCCUCACCAUCGACCGAGUCACCAUUCUCAACCCUCAGCAGAACUCGUUCCAGACCGCACUGCAGGGCAAGAUCACCAACUCGGGUCCCUUCGACGCCACCAUCGAGUUCACCAACGGUCUCAAGGUCACCUGGAACGGUCGUCUCCUCGGUCAGAUCGCUAUGCCCAACGUCGCGCUCGCCGGCGAUGUCGGUGCUACGCUCGAGAUCCUGGCUGAGUUCGUGGUCGCUGAUGUCGGCUACCUUACCGAAUUCACCAGGUACCUCCUUACCGAGAAGAGCUUCGUUUGGAACAUUGCCGGCGACGGUCUUCGUGUUGCUGCUCUUGGUAUCGAAGUCAACGACAUUACAAUUUCCAAGAACGUCAUCCUCAGCGCCUUUGACGGCCUGAGGAACAGCGUCAUCAUCAACUCGUUCGACUUGCCCUCCAACGACCCUGCUGGUGGUAUUCAUCUCACUGCUGCUACCACCAUCUACAACCCUUCGCAAGUCGGUGUUCAGCUCUCGCGAUUCGGUGUCAGCCUCGAGCGCAACAACACUUUCAUUGGUCCCUCGGCCGCACAGGAUCCCUUCGUCCUUCAGGCUCUUGCCGUCACCACCUUACCGCUGGUGGGUCGGCUGGUGCCGCAGACAACUGACCAGGGUCUUGCUGUUCUCUCCGAGAUCUUCACACGCUUCGUAGCCAAUAUGAACACUGACGUUCAGGUCCUCGGUGACUACGCCGGUCCCGAGGGCGUCACCUGGCUCAAUGAUGGUAUCAAGGCACUUUCCGUCACCGUCUCGCUGCCCUCGCAAAGCUUCACCGUCAUUCGAUCCAUCUCGAUCAAUCAGAUCUCGCUCUUCUUCACGACGCAGACCGCUUGGGGCCCACCGACCAGCUCCAAUGACACGCAAGCUGGCUUCUUCCUUCCCUUCGCAUUCCCCAUCGACAUUCAGCAGGUCGGUGGUGGCUUCAUUGCCGGCUAUCAGGGUCAGAACAUGGCUGUGCUCGACAUUCCUCCUUCGCCCUCGAUCACCGAUGUCGCUUCGCGAAUCUUGACCUUGAUGUUCAGCAAUGUUCCCUUCGACGUUUACCGCAACCAGCACCCCAGGUUCUCGCAGUUCUUGGCCGAUACCACUGCCGACACCCAGGUCACCUUCAACCUGAACGGUCGCGCCGAUACUAAGGCCAACACCGCUGCUGGUCUCGUCUCCAUCACCAACAUCCCAUUCAACGUCGACACGAACCUGUUGGGUCUGCAGAACCUCAACGCUCGUCCCGCUGUCGUCUCGAACCUGGAUGUCUAUCGCGGCUUCCCGUCUUACCUCCAGAUCAACGUCGACACGACACUGUUCAACCCCUCGCACAUCACCAUUGGUACUGGCGAUGUCACCUUCGACGUCCAGUUCCUGGGUCGAAAGAUCGGUACCGCUGUCAUUCGAGGUCUUGUGCUGGUGCCUGGUGUCAACAUUGUCCCUACCGAGGUGCGCUACUCGCCACAGGGUGCGGAGAACACCCGUGCUGGUCAGACCUUGCUCGAGAACUACGUUCAGGGUAUUGUGUCCAACACCAUCAUUCAGGGUACGCGAGACACCACCCCGAUCGAGUCGCUCAAGCAGGCGCUCUCGGGCAUUCGUCUCAAUGCCGACAUUCCUCCGCUCAAGCAGCUCCUCAUUACUAUGGCUAGGUUGAGAAUUCCACCCAACAUUGCGCAGACUGGUAUCGCUCAAGCCAACUUCGACUUGCGCAAUCCCUUCACUGCUUCGAUCAACCUUCUCAAGGUCAAGGCUGGCGCCUCCUACCAGGGCAUCUUCCUCGGUGAGAUCAACCAGAACCUCCAGAAGGAUCCCAUCCGAGCUCCUGGUAAGACUACCAUCACCUCGCGCUUCUUGCCCUUCAACUUCAACCUCGACCCCAAGAACCUUAUCCGCUUUGUGCAGGCCGCUGCUGCAGCUACGGGCACCGACCUCGGUCCUCUGUCUCCUCUGUUCGCUCAGGUUCUGGCGCAGCCUUCGACACAGACGACCGUCAGCCCUUAUCCGGACUCCAACCCUCCCAACUGCCGAUCUGGUAACCAGUUCGAUGUGCUUGGAACUGUACUUCGAACUCUACAGGGUCUCACUACCAGGCUCGAUGUGCAAUCCGGUGUCAACUUGGACCAGUACUUCACCAACUUGAACUUCAGACAGGAACCCGUGCCCACCGAGACGGAUCGAACCGCGCUCUACUUGCUUGGUCCUGCCGGUGCACCUAUCGUACAGAACAUCGUCGACCAGGCUAUCCUCAGGGUCAACAUUGCCAACAUCACCAGUGUAACCAACACCGGCUUUGAUGUCUCGCUCUCUGGUUCGCUCACCGGAACAGGUCCCUUCGAUGCUCUCAUCGAGUUCACUGAGCCACUCACGGUCACUUGGCAAGGACGGAACAUCGCCAAACUCUCGCUCCCGCCCAUCUGUGCCUUUGCCAACGAAGGUGUGCCCAACUUGGUCACGAGUGGUCGCCUUACCAUCACCAACCUCGGCGGCUUCACGGACUUUGCCAUUUUCAUUUUGGCCAACCCCUCGUUCCAGUGGACUGUCUCGUCAAACAAGUUGACCGUGCGUGCUCUCGAAAUCAUCUACAGCAACGUCAUUAUCUCCAAGACGAUCGACUUCAGGGCGUUCAACGGCUUGCCCGGUGUCAAGACCUCCAACUUCGACGUCUACGGCGAAACGAGCAACUCGCUGCUCAUCCGCACGAAUGCAGCCAUUCCCAGCCCGGCCACCUUGGGUAUCCAGCUCGACACAGCCAACUUCGAGAUCUUCUUCAUGGGCACCGACAUUGGUCCUAUUCGAUCCAACAACCUGUUCUUGGCUGCUCUCGCUACCACCAACACGGUGCUUGAGGGUUCCAUCACCGCCAAGUCGGGUCGCGAUCUGCAAAACACGGGUAUCUUGUUCACCAACUUCUUGCAGGGACGAACCCAGAUCUUGCAGGUCAAGGGUGUUUCGGUCGUUACUCAGGCCAAUGGCAACCAGCCUGUGAACUGGCUCAGCGCUGCCUUCAGGACGCUCACGCUCAACGUCGAGCUUCCCGGUCAAAUUUCCCAGAUCAUCUUCUCGAUCACACUUUCCGAUCUUACCGUCUUCAUCAACGGAGAUCCUGCCGAUUCGUACACGGUGCCCUCGAGCUCCAACUCGACCAUCGCUACCUUUGCUAAUCCGUUCAGAUUCAGUCUGCAGCCCAUCCAGGCGGCACCGGCGCUCAACCUCUCGUACGCUGGUGGCAACACGGCCUACUUGCAGUUGCCUUUGGCCAACGUGCAGGCCGGUACCUCGCGUGGUCCCGACGACUUUCAGGCGCUGCAGCUCAUGUGGCGUCGACAGAACAUCGUCGCCGUCGACCGUCCCAACUUCCAGGCCUUCUUCGCACAGCUCACCGACACGCCUCGUGGCACAUUCGACCUUCGCGGAGGCACUGACGUCGUUGCCAAGACGGUUAUUGGUAACAUCCCCAUCGGCGGCAUUCCUUUCAACGUCACCACCUCGCUCACUGGUAUCAACAGCUUCAACGGCGCCACCCAGCUCUCCGAUGUCACGGUCGCCGGUGGUAAUCCGCAGUUCCUCUGGAUUCCUCUCAAGGUCACGCUCUUCAACCCGUCGAACCUCACCGUGCUCACCAACGAGGUCUUCCUCCCUGUCUUGUUCUCCGGCACCUUUGUCGGUCGCGCCGAGAUUCCUGUGCUUGGUCUCAUUCCUGGCAACAACCUGGUGCAGUCGUACUUCUACUAUUCGCCCGCCAACGCCAACGAUUCGACCGCUCAGAACCUCCUACAACGCUACGUUCAGCCCGCAGACUCGGAUGGUGUUUCGAGACAGACAGCCGAUCUCGUUAUCGACGGUCGCGCAGGCCCUCAGACCAACCUCACGCCAUACGACUCACUCCGCCCUGCUUUGGCCGGAGUCAGGCUGACGACCUCGCUCGAAGGUAUCGCCUCGCGCAUCAUCACUGAGAUCAGGGUUUACCUGACCGCAGAGACUCUCCUCACAGGUCUUACCAACUUGCUCGGUGUUCCCGGUGCGCCACUGCCUGUGGUCGAGAUCGAAUUGUCAGCGCAGAACGUGCUGGACACGAACCUCUACAUUGUCGCCCUGCAGACGGUGGCCAAAAUCGCAGGUUCAACGCCCAGGGAUGCCAGCAACGCCGACGCAAGGGUGUCGUACACCUUCCCCACUCCCUUCACCGUACCAAGCAAGGGCACUGCCAACUCGGUGAGAGUUCCUGAUGUCGUUUUGCCCAAGGGUCUCCUCGCUUCGCUGCCUGUCAUUGGCAAGAACCUGGACAUUUACAACAACUUGCCCAUUCGACUCGGUCCAUCGGCGAGCGACAGUUACCUCGCACCCGGUCUCAACUACAACGAGUACAACGUUCCGACGGCCUAUUCGAUCUCCUUGGGUGGUCUCAACAUUCCGCUCAACCCGGCAGAGACUAUCGAGGAGUUGCUCGGACAGAUCAUUGGCGCCGGUGUCAAUCUUGGCGGCACCCUGACAGGUCUUCUGAAUAACUUGGCGAAUGGUAACGUGAUUGGCGGCCUGGGCGAAGCAGCUAGACAGACUGUCUGCACGCUCACUGGCCUGACGAGCGGCUUGACGGGAGGCUUGCUGAACGGUGUUCUGACACAGGCCGGCUGUGCCAACGCGUCAUCGUCGUCUUCAGCUGCAGCUUCGUCGACGACCAACCCUGCUGCAGCAGCUGCUUCUUCAGCGACCGAGGCAGCGGCAUCGGUCACAGGUGCUGCUGGAAGUGCCGUCAGCGAAGGUGCUGGUGUUUUGACCAGUGCGGCUGGCGGUCUCACUUCUGCAGUAGAAGGUGCUCUUGGAGGCGGAGCAGCUACGACGACGACGCAAGCAGCAGCAGCAGCAGCAGGAACAUCUUCGGGUUCAGGAGGCGGUGGUCUCCUCGGUUUGAUCCCAAGAGUUGAACCGACACCGCUACGAUUGCAUCAGCUGUAA